GAAAAUCAUUUCAGCUAUUGACGUUUCUAGAUUCAUUCUUUUUAAAUUCUCGAGUUUCAAAAACGUGUCGUCUUAGGCCUUUUUGUGACUUUAAACAAGUUUUUUUAAACUUUUUUUAGUUUCUUCACCUCGAUUUUCUAACUAAUCACUAAAAAUAAAAUGUCGUUAGAGAUUUUAGCUCAAGAAAAAGUGUGGCUCGAUAAAUCAAAAUAUGCUGAUGCAGAACGUGUGUAUUAUGAAAAACUAUCAAAGAAUAAAGAGGAAAAAACUAUUACUAGUGGUGGUAAUUCAUGUGCUACGACAGUAUCAAAUACCGGUUUUGAGCCCCCUUUCAAGAGUGUGCUGAUAGAUGAAAUUGAAAAAGUUCGUCAAUAUUUGCGAGAGAAAGUUCUAAGUAUCGAUGCUAUUGAUUCAUCUGUCAUUUCUUCAAGGGAUACUGAAAGUUCCAAUACAAUCAAUGCUAUCACUGAUUUGAAAAAUGCUUUUCAAAAAUUGGAAAUCCGUGUUAGUGUGUUGGAAGGAAAAUCUUCAAGUAGUUCAUCAAGUAACUCAAGUUCAUUGAAUCAAGAUAUUGAACAAUUACAAAGUCUUAUGGUACAGUUAGAAGCUCGUGUUAAAUCAUUAGAAACUAAAAAAGCAGCACAGUCUCCUUCUAAACCAGAAGAAAAAGAAACACCUAAAAAAAAUGACGAGGAAGAUGAUGAUGUAGAUUUGUUUGGAUCAGAAUCUGAAGAAGAAACUGAAGAGGCAGCAAAACUUAAAGCCCAGAGGGUAGCUGAAUAUUCUGCUCGAAAAUCUAAGAAGCCAACUCUUAUUGCAAAGUCAAACAUUAUAUUGGAUGUUAAGCCAUGGGAUGAUGAAACUGAUAUGAAGGAAUUAGAAAAGGCAGUGCGUAAAGUUGCUACUGACGGUUUACUGUGGGGAGCAUCUAAGCUGGUUCCGUUAGCCUAUGGGAUACAUAAGCUUCAAAUUAGUUGUGUUGUUGAAGAUGAAAAAGUAUCAAUUGAUUGGUUACAAGAGACAUUACAAGAAAUUGAAGACUUUAUACAAAGUGUUGACAUUGCAGCUUUCAACAAAAUUUAGGAUCAAAAAUUAUUUUGAUAAACUCUAAACACCUUAAUAAAGUAAUAAAAAAUUGUGAAACAUAAAUAACAAUUAUCUGUAUUUUUUUUCAAACCAUUCAAUUAAAAUAUAAAAUCUGAUCCUGAUAUUUAUAUAUUAA